UGAGUCUAAUGCAAGAUACUGUGGUUCGAAUUCUCCGGGGUGCAUUCAUCCCUGCUUCCCCACAAUUUGGACCCCUUUUCCAUAUAAUGGCCACCCAUCAAGCCUUCAAUCGCUGCCUGAGCGAGUACCGAUAGCAAGCCUCUUGUCCUUCCACGAUGCUCAAAACCGCUGCCGGUCUUCUUGCUUUACUUGCCGUAGGGAAAGCGGCGCCAACCGGCGCGGCCAGUCCCACGGCCAAUGUUCGCAACGGCACAUAUGUCGGAGUGCGGAAUACGCAUUACCAGCAAGAUUUCUUCUUGGGUAUGCCGUAUGCCCAGCAGCCUGUUGGUGACUUGCGGUUCACGGUGCCUCAGCCUCUGAAUGAAAGCUGGAGCGGACAGCACGACGCAAAAGAAUAUUCUCAUAUCUGUGUGGGAUACGGUACCGAUUCAAUUUGGUACCCGCAGUCCGAAGCGUGCCUCACCUUGAACGUCAUUCGUGACUCUUCGGUAAACGACAGCUCGAAGCUUCCUGUAGGCGUCUGGAUCCAUGGCGGUGGCUUCUACGAGGGAUCCAGCGCUGACCAGCGCUACAACAUGUCUGCUAUCGUCUCCAACUCCUAUAAGAUUGGAAAGCCAUUCAUCGCCGUUAGCCUCAAUUAUCGCCUUUCAGCCUGGGGCUUCUUGAGCUCCAGCCAGGUCUCGGGUACUGGCAACACAAACCUAGGCAUCAGGGACCAAAGACUUGCGCUCCAAUGGGUCAAGGAGAACAUCGAGGCAUUUGGAGGCGACCCAGAAAAGAUGACUAUCUGGGGCGAGUCUGCUGGGGGAAUGUCGGUUGGCUACCAUCUCGCAGCAUACGGCGGUAGGGACGACGGACUCUUCCGCGGAGCAAUCAUGGAAUCAGGAGGUACGAUGACAGCAAGUCCAGCCAACUAUACUGGAUACCAGCCACUUUAUGACGAUCUCGCGGCCAAAGUCAAUUGCUCCGACGUAGUGGAUUCGCUGCAGUGCCUGCGCGAAGUCCCCUUCGAGCAAUUGAACGCCGUUCUCAACGGCACUGAUGGCUCAUCAGAGUACAACUUCGGGCCUGUCAUCGAUGGCGAUCUCAUCAGGGAUUGGGGGAGUCUCCAGCUUGACAAGCAUGAAUUUGUCAAGGUCCCGAUCAUUUCAGGAACCAAUACCGACGAAGGGACCGCGUUCGGGCCCACUGGGAUCAAUACAACAGAGCAGUUCUAUGCAUAUCUUACAGAUGGCUCAUCUGGAUUCAAACUACCCCCGACCAUCGCCCAGCAGAUCCUGCAGCUCUACCCCGAUGACCCAGCACUGGGCAUCCCCGAGUUUCUCGGGUCCAGCCGAGUCCCGUCUAAAGGCUACGAAUGGCGGCGCACCUGCGCAUACGCAGGGGACUAUGUAAUGCAUGCUAACCGACGGCGACAAUGCGAGGCGUGGGCGGAGACUUCGACGACGGCCUACUGCUAUCGCUUCAACAUGCGAGCGGCCGACGUUCCGAUCUUGUCUGGCGCCACCCAUUUCGAAGAAGUUUCGUUUGUGUUCAACAACAUUGCAGGCCUUGGGUACCAUUACGGGAAGCCGUUCGCAGGGAUGCCCGAGUCCUACAUCCAGCUAAGCGACUUGAUGACCAGCAUGUGGGCCUCGUUCAUCCACGACUUGGACCCCAACUCGGGCAUCAAGGACUCGGAUGUACGGUGGCAGGCGUACGGGAAGGAUCAGCCGGUUGAUCUGGUGUUUGAUGCGAAUGUCACGAGCUACAUGGAGCCAGACACGUGGCGGAAGGAGGGGAUCGAUUAUAUCAAUUCCGUGGCGAGCGCGUACUGGCGAUAAGCUCCUGCUGUCGAUGCACAUGUGAGCCUGUUCUGUGAGUUUAGCUUUUCGUUCGAUGCAGCCUACGAUAGAUGGUCAAGCAAACAGGGAAGGGUCAAGCGCAUCUGGUCCCGUCUCUCGUUAGAAGCCAAA